ACGAUUGAAUAUGUCUAUCCGCGGGUGGCAGACCGCGAGUAAGAGGAUCCACGAGCGUUCCCAAGAGACAAUAAACAUGCAGUGAAAAAAACGCUCGAAUGAGGGCAGCGUCGCGCCAUAGAGUCUGAAAUGCAAGAGUAGAAGAAGAAAGGCGCGCAAACGCGACUUUUGGGGAUCCCGAGUAGCGAGGCAAACGCUGUCCGCUGGGGGGCGCAGUUUCCCGGCUGCGUUGGGAGGGUGCGUUCCCGCAGCAACAGGGAAGAUGGCAGCGCUCACAUCUCUCAGCCAGUUGACGAGCGGGAGCCCCGUGUUUGAGAACUUUUACAGACAGGUGGAUCCGGGAAACACGGGAAAAGUGGGACCAACAGAAGCUGCCCUGUUCUUGAAAAAGUCUGGACUUCCAGAUGUCACGCUGGGAAAGAUUUGGGAUCUGGCUGAUCCGGAGGGUAAAGGCUACCUGGACAAGCAGGGUUUUUACGUGGCGCUGCGAUUGGUGGCCUGCGCACAGAGCGGCCAUGACGUCAGUGUGUCCAGCCUCAACCUCAGUGUGCCGCCGCCCAAAUUUAAGGACAACAGCAGUCCUUCUCUGAGCACCUCCACUGAAGCCCACUGGGCUGUCAGGCCGGAGGAAAAGAACAAAUUUGACGGUAUUUUUGAAAGCCUCUCGCCGCUCAACGGCCUGCUGUCAGGAGAGAAGGUCCGACCCGUCCUCAUCAAUUCAAAGUUGCCUCUGGACGUCCUCGGCAAGGUUUGGGACCUGAGUGACAUUGAUAAAGACGGCCAUCUGGACCGAGACGAGUUUGCCGUGGCCAUGCACCUGGUGUACCGUGCGCUGGAGAAGGAACCCGUUCCCGCCCACCUGCCCACCGCCCUCAUCCCCCCAUCCAAGAGGAAAAAAAGCUUGUGCUCGGUGGUGGGCGGGGUCCCCCCGCUACCGGCUAGCCCGCCGCCUCCCAAAGACUCCCUGCGCUCCACGCCGUCCCACGGCAGCAUGAACUCCCUGAACAGUACGGGCAGCCUGUCCCCCAAACACACCCUCAAGUCUGGACAGCACUCCGUCAACUGGGCAGUCCCGGCGUCAGACCGCGGUCGCUACGACGACAUCUUCCUAAAGACGGACACCGACCUUGACGGUUUUGUCAGUGGGCUGGAAGUGAAGGACAUCUUCAUGCAAUCUGGACUCUCUCAAGGCGUCCUUGCCCAUAUAUGGGCUCUGGCCGACACCAGACAAAUGGGCAAGUUGACCAGGGAGCAGUUUGCCCUCGCCAUGCAUCUCAUCCAGCAGAAAGUGAGCAAGGGUGUGGACCCCCCUCAGUCGCUUACGGCGGAUAUGAUCCCGCCUUCGGAGAGGGGAACUCCCGUCCCGAGCAUGUCGGGGUACAUGACGCCAGUGGGAUCCGAGAUGGCGGCGCUGUCGGAGAUGAGGAGGGACAGCUCCAGCUCGGUGGGUUCGGGCGAGUUUACGGGGAUCAAGGAGCUGGACGACAUCAGUCAGGAGAUCGCCCAGCUGCAGAGGGAGAAGUACACUCUGGAGCAGGACAUCAGAGAGGCGGAAGAGGCCAUCAGGCACAAGAGCGCCGAGGUGCAGGAGAUGCAGAAUGACCUGGACCGAGAAGCGGCCUGUCUGCAGGAGCUGGAGGCGCAGAAACAGGAUGCCCAGGACCGCCUGGAGGAGAUGGACCAGCAGAAGCACAAGCUGGAGGACAUGCUGAACGAGGUCCGCAUCAAGUGUCAGGAGGAGUCUCAGAUGAUUUCAACGCUGCAGAGUCAGAUCCACUCUCAAGAGUCGGAUCUGCAGAACCAGGAGGAGGAGCUGGGCCGGGCCAAGGCCGACCUGAGCCGGCUGCAGCAGGAGGAGGACCAGCUGGAGCAGAGUCUGGCUGCCGGCAAGAUCCAGCUGGAGACCAUCAUCAAGUCUCUGAAGGCCACGCAGGAUGAGAUCAACCAGGCACGCAGCAAGCUGUCGCAGAUCCAGGAAAGCCAGCAGGAAGUGUCCAAAAGCAUCGAGCAGUACAACAGCACCCUGAACGGAACCCACGGAGGAAGCAUGACCAACCUGGCCGACAUGAGCGAGGGCUUCAGCGACAGGGAGAACGGAACGUUCCCCUCCAUGGGGACGGUCUCACAGCCACAGCAAGAAGAUCCGUUCAAAGUGAAGCCGUCUGUAUUCAACAGUCAGCCUCAGGAGCUCCACGCCGACCCCUUCCACUCGGAGGACCCCUUCAGGGCGGACCCUUUCAAAGGAGACCCCUUCCAAAACGACCCCUUUGCAAAGUCGCCUGCAGCCUCGACAGAUCCAUUUGGUGGUGACCCGUUCAAAGAGACGGACCCGUUCAAGGCCUCAUCUGAAGAUUUCUUCAAGAAGACCGCAAAGCUGGACCCCUUCGCCACAGCGGACCCCUUUAGCAAGAGCGCCACGCUACCCUCCAAGCAAAUGGGUCAUUUCACGAGUAAUGACCCGUUUUCCGGCAGCAACCCCAAAUGCAAAGGCGCAGAUUUGUUCGGCUCUUUGGAUCCAUUUGGCAGCGGCUCCUUCAGCAGCAGCAGUAACAGCAGCUCUGCCGCUUUCGCCGACUUCAGCCACAUGGCCAAGCCCAGAGAUCCAUUCGAAGGCCGCGCCAGCUGGCUGCCAGACUACCAGAAGGCUGUAUUUGCAGAUGAUCCGUUCAGCAGGAAGAGCGACACACCGGCCCUGCCCCCCAAAAAAGGAGUUCCACCGAGGCCCAAACCCCCCAGUGGUAAGACGACGCCAGUGAACGUGUCCGGCCCGACGGAAGCCCCCAAGCCAAGCGACCCCUUCCAGCCGUUUGGCCGGGACAUUGUCGACCCUUUCCAGAGUAAAAAAGGUUUAGGGGACCCCUUCAGCGGCAAGGAUCCUUUUGCCCCGCCAUCCUCAGCACCAAGACCUGACAAAGUCAAGUUUAAUAACGAGGCUCAGCAGCUGGAGUGGGCCAAGCGCGAGAGCGAACGGGCCGAGCGGGAGCGCCUGAAGCGUCUCCGGCAGCAGGAGCAGGAAGACCUGGAGCUCGCCAUUGCCCUCAGCAAGGCUGAGAUGUCCAACGCGUGACUAGUCGCCCACCGACAUGACUCUUGAAUAUUCUCUAAACACACACACACACACACACACACACACACACACACCAUUGACAACUUCAGGAUGAACAAAAAAAACGCAACCCACUUCCGAGUAUUGCGUUAAGCCCAGGCGCCCUUGUCUCCUCAGGCAGCGUCGGUUAGCAUCCGCUGGUGCUUAAAAAAAAAAAAAAAAAAACAUGAAUAAACGCUCCAGAAUGACUGAAUGGGAUUAGACGCUCUACAUCAUCAUCGUCAUUGUUAACAAUUCACUGUGAUGAGAAGGACAAAAAGGCUGGAAAACCUCCACUCAGUGUUUCUUUUUGUUAAACCUCCAUUGUCCAAACGUGCCACAACAAAAUGGAAGAUGGACAUUUGGUAUGUUAGUGGUAAGCAACGUUACCUCGUGGUUUUUCGCCCCAUCAUCCUUCCUUUUGGUUUCUAUUUCAAGUGUGUUAUUGCCCAAGAGUCCAAUCCUGAUACUGGCCAACAAAAUGGAAGACAAUUUGGAGAGUUGGCACAUCGCGACAUUUGCUCCCGCUUUUCACCUUGUUGUUGUUCCAUUUAAUUGAAGACUCUAAAUUCCCUGACGCCGUGAUUGUUUGUCCAUAUUGUGCCCUGUGAUUGGCUGGUGACUCAUCCAAUUUCAAAAGGGAUAGGCUCCAAAUGGAUGGGUCAAUUUCCACUAGCAGACAAAAACAAAAAGAAAACAGGAGUAGCGGUAGCAGUAUUAGCUUGUGAUUGCACACAUUUAAUAAUUUUGAUAACUUUAUGAGGGAAUUGUUUGUUGUUGUUUUUUUGUUUGUUUGUUUUUUUAACACAAGUGUUUUAAGAUUUUGAUUUGGAGAUGUUUGAAACUAUAACUGGUGAUGAUGUUGGACAGAACAGGAACCCGGUAGAAACUGGAAAUGUGUUAACCACUCACUAACUUUUUUUGUUGUUAUGUACUUGAAGCAGCGACCGAAUGGCCGUGACUGACUACACACACACACACACACACACACACACACACUCACACACACUACUGACAUUUUUCAUCAUUUAUCUUCUCUGUAUGAGACCUGCCGUACUUAUUUAUUCCUGAUGAUAGGAAGGUUUACAUUGCGCUUCCUUGCAAAUCUCAACCACUUAAAAAAAA